GAUCGAAUUUCUGUAAUUCCGGCAUUGUUCUUGUAAUCGAUCACCUGCGCGGCGGCGGUGGCGAUCGGCGGCUAUGGCUUCGAAGACUAAAACUAGUUUGUCCGAAACUACUACUACGGGGAAAUCAACUCCCGCAACUCCAAGAAUAGCAAAAAGGGUAGUGAAUAAAUCCGAAACUAAUAAUAAUUCUCCAUCAACUACUACUACUCCACAUUCACGUCUUUCUCUUGAUCGUUCUUCUCCAAAUUCCAAGUCUUCUUCUGUUGAGAGACGAUCUCCAAAGCUUCCAACUCCUCCUGAGAAAACUCAAGCGCGGGUAGCGGUGAAAGGAACAGAAUCACCGCAGACCCGGUUGAGUCAAAUCAAGGAAGAUUUGAAGAAAGCUAAUGAGCGGAUUACUUCACUGGAGAAGGAUAAAGCUAAAGCACUUGAUGAACUCAAACAAGCUAAAAAAGAAGCUGAAGAAGCGACUGUGAAGCUGGAUGAUGCUUUGAAAGCUCAGAAACAUGUUGAGGAGAAUUCUGAGAUUGAGAAGUUUCAGGCUGUUGAGGCGGGGAUCGAGGCAGUUCAGAACAAUGAAGAAGAAUUGAAGAAAGAACUAGAGAAUGUUAAGAACCAACAUGCUUCAGAUUCUGCUGCUCUUGUUUCCGUUAGACAGGAGCUUGAGAAAAUCAAUGAAGAAUUGGCUGCGGCCAAUGAUGCUAAGACUAAGGCCUUGAUCCAAGCAGAUGAUGCUAGUAAGACUGCUGAGAUUCAUGCAGAGAAAGUUGACAUCUUGUCUUCGGAGUUGGCGCGGUUGAAAGCUUUGCUUGAUUCAACCCGAGAAAAGACUGCCAUAUCGGGCAACGAGAUGGUUGCCAAGCUAGAAGACGAGAUUGUGGUUUUGAAAAGAGAUCUUGAGAAAACGAGAGGUUUCGAGGCAGAGGUUAAAGAAAAAGAGAUGAUCAUCGAGAAGCUUAAUGUUGACCUCGAAGCUGCGAAGAUGGCAGAAUCUUCUGCACAUAACUUGUCUGACGAGUGGCAGAGCAAAGCCAAAGAACUGGAGGAACAGCUAGAAGAAGCUAACAAGUUGGAGAGAUCUGCUUCUGUAUCUUUGGAAUCUGUGAUGAAACAGCUUGAAGGAAGCAAUGAUAAAUUGCAUGAUACGGAAACUGAAAUCACUGAUCUUAAGGAGAAGACUGUGACAUUGGAGACGACAAUUGUUAAACAGAAGGAGGAUCUCGAGGAAUCUGAGAAACGGUUGGGCAGUGCAGAAGAAGAAUUAUCUAAGAUUGAAAAAGAAGUAGAGGACUUGAAGAGUGAGCUUGAAACUGUGAAGGAGGAGAAAAAUCGGGCUGUAAAGAAGGAGCAAGAUGCUACUUCAAGGGUUCAAAGGCUUUCGGAAGAGAAAAGCAAGCUCUUAUCAGAUCUAGAGAGCUCAAAAGAGGAAGAGGAGAAGAGUAAGAAAGCAAUGGAGAGUUUAGCUUCCGCUCUGCACGAAGUGUCGAGUGAAGGAAGGGAGUUGAAAGAGAAGUUGUUGAGUCAAGGCGAUCACGAGUAUGAAUCACAAAUAGAAGACUUGAAGUUGGUGAUUAAAGCGACGAACGAGAAGUAUGAGAAUAUGCUUGACGAGGCGAGACAUGAGAUCGAUGUUCUUGUUAGCGCGGUCGAACAAACCAAGAAACAUUUCGAGAGCUCAAAGACGGAUUGGGAGAUGAAAGAAGCCAAUUUGGUGAAUUACGUGAAGAAAAUGGAAGAAGAUGUUGCUUCGAUGGGGAAGGAAAUGAAUAGGCUGGAUAAUUUGCUGAAGAGAACCGAGGAAGAAGCCGAUGCAGCUUGGAAGAAAGAAGCCCAAACGAAAGACAGUUUAAAAGAAGUGGAAGAAGAGGUCGUUUAUCUUCAGGAAACUCUUGGGGAAGCAAAAGCAGAAAGCAUGAAGCUAAAGGAGAAUCUGUUGGAUAAAGAAACUGAGUUUCAAAACGUCAUUCACGAAAACGAGGAUCUGAGGGCAAAGGAGGAUGUUUCUUUGAAGAAGAUCGAGGAGUUAUCAAAGUUACUCGAGGAAGCAAUAUUGGCCAAGAAGCAACCUGAAGAAGAGAAUGGCGAGCUCAGUGAGAGCGAAAAAGACUACGAUUUGCUACCAAAAGUGGUCGAGUUUUCUUCUGAGAACGGUCAUAGAAGUGUAGAAGAGAAAUCUCCUAAAGUCGAAACCCUUGAUCAUGAAGCUCCACAAGAGCAGUUCAGCAAUGGCAAUGGUAUGGAGGAGAAAGAAGUGAAUGGAAAACCGGAGGUGGAAACUGAGAAGAAGGAGAAGAAAGAUGAAUCCCCAGAUGAUGACAAAGAUGAUUCGGUUGAAGUUAUAUUCAAAAUGUGGGAAAGUUGCCAAAUCGAGAAGAAAGAAGCUUUUCCCGACAAGAAAUCAGAACUAGAGUCUCAAGAAGAAGAAGAGGAUUCAAGCAAAAUCGAUGAAAGCGACAAAACUUCAACAGAGAACAUCGAUGAAACAGGAAACGCUUUAACCGCAGAAGACCAGCUUAUGAUGGAGAAGAAGAUCAAGAAGAAGAAGUCUUUACUUGGUAAAGUUGGGAAUCUUCUCAAGAAGAAAGCACCCGCACCCAUAAACCAGAAAUAACAAACUCUUCGAGGUAAGGAAGAAAAGUAAAUCUUAUGUAUCUGUAUACCCUUUUGAUUUCAUCAGUGUUCUUUAUAUAUAUAUUUGUUGGUUCUUGAUUCUUUUCUUCUUUUCGAUUUUAACAACAAUGUAUUCCGAUCUUUUGUUUAUAAAGGUUUGCGUUUUUC